AUGCUGCAGUGUUCACCACCAACCAUGCUUCAGUGUUCACCACCAACCGUGCUUCAGUGUUCACCACCAACCAUUCUGAAGUGUUCACCACCAACCAUGAUGCAGGUUUCACCACCAAAUACGUUGCAACGUCCACAACAAACCGUGCUGCAGCUUUCAACACCAACCAUGCUGCAGUGUUCACCACCAACCAUUCUGAAGUGCUCACCACCAAUCAUGCUGCAGUGUUCACCACCAACCAUGCUUCAGUGUUCACCACCAACCAUGCUUCAGUGUUCACCACCAACCAUUCUGAAGUGUUCACCACCAACCAUGAUGCAGGUUUCACCACCAAAUACAUUGCAACGUCCACAACAAACCGUGCUGCAGCUUUCAACACCAACCAUGCUGCAGUGUUCACCACCAACCGUGCUUCAGUGUUCACCACCAACCAUUCUCAAGUGUUCACCACCAACCAUGAUGCAGGUUUCACCACAAAAUACGUUGCAACGUCCACAACAAACCGUGCUGCAGCUUUCAACACCAACCAUGCUGCAGUGUUCACCACCAACCAUUCUGAAGUGCUCACCACCAACCAUGCUGAAGUUUCCACCACCAACCAUGCAGAAGUGUUCACCACCAACCAUGCUGCAGGUUUCACCACCAAAUACAUUGCAACGUCCACCACAACCAGUGCUGCAGCUUUCAACACCAAUCAAGUUGCAGUCUUUCAACACCAACCAUGCUGCAGUGUUCACCACCAACCAUUCUGAAGUGCUCACCACCAACCAUGCUGAAGUUUCCACCACCAACCAUGCUGAAGUGUUCACCACCAACCAUGCUGAAGUGUUCACCACCAACCAUGAUGCAGGUUUCACCACCAAAUACGUUGCAACGUCCACCACAACCCGUGCUGCAGCUUUCAACACCAAUCAAGUUGCAGUGUUCAACGCCAACCAUGCUCCAGUGUUCACCGCCAACCAUGAUGCAGUGUUCACCGCCAACCAUGAUGCAGUGUUCACCACCAACCAUGCUAAAGUGUUCACCACCAAUCAAGUUGCAGUGUUCACCGCCAACCUUGCUGCAGUGUUCACCACCAACCAUGCUAAUGUGUUCACCACCAAUCAAGUUGCAGUGUUCACCGCCAACCAUGCUGCAGUGUUCACCAUCAACCGUGCUGCAGUGUUCACCAACAACCAUGGUGCAAUGUUCACCAACAACCAUGCUGCAGUGUUCACCAUCAACCAUGAUGCAGUGUUCACCAUCAACCAUGCUGAAGUGUUCACCACAAACAGUGCUGCAGUGUUCACCAUCAACCAUGCUGAAGUGUUCAACCCCAACCGUGCUGCAGUGUUCACCAUCAACCAUGCCGAAGUGUUCAACACCAACCGUGUUGCAGUGUUCACAAACAACAAUCCUGCAAUGUAUACCAGCAACCAUGCUGCAGUGAUCACCAACAAUCAUGCUGCAUUGUUCACCAACAACCAUGCUGCAAUGUACACCACCAACCAUGCUGCAGUGAUCACCAACAACCAUGCUGCAUUGUUCACCAACAACCAUGCUGCAAUGUACACCACCAACCAUGCUGCAGUGUUCACCAACAACCAUGCUGAAGUGUUCAACCCCAACCGUGCUGCAGUGUUCACCAUCAACCAUGCCGAAGUGUUCAACACCAACCGUGUUGCAGUGUUCACAAACAACCAUGCUGCAAUGUAUACCAGCAACCAUGCUGCAGUGAUCACCAACAAUCAUGCUGCAUUGUUCACCAACAACCAUGCUGCAAUGUACACCACCAACCAUGCUGCAGUGAUCACCAACAACCAUGCUGCAUUGUUCACCAACAACCAUGCUGCAAUGUACACCACCAAUAUGCUGCAGUGUUCACCAACAACCAUGGUGCAAUGUUCACCAACAACCAUGCUGCAGUGUUCACCAUCAACCAUGCUGAAGUGUUCACCACCAACCGUGCUGUAG